AAACCCAUCACCAAUUUGAUUGGUUCAGACAAAGCACCUAGGAUUUCACCCAUUCUCCUACGUCGCAGUUGCAGCAUCGUCAACAGAAACCAGGCCAAAAACCCUUCUUUAUUCUCUGUUUUGCUCUUCUCUCCUCCAUCAUCAAUGGCGGUCGCAGUUCCAUCACCCUCAGCUGCUUAUCUUCGAGGAAUCCAACGCCACUUCUUCUCUUCCAAUCCCCUUCUCGCACCCCCAUUUCCCGCUAAACAGGCCCGCACGGUCGUUGCUAUGGCUCCCAAGAAGAAGGUGAACAAGUACGAUGAUGGUUGGAAGAAACAAUGGUAUGGUCCGGGAAUCUUCUACGAAAGCAGUGAAGAAUUGGAAUUCGAUGUGUUCAAGAAGCUGGAGAAGCGCAAAGUACUUAGCAACGUAGAAAAGGCAGGACUACUCUCCAAGGCGGAGGAGCUGGGAUUCACACUGUCGUCACUAGAGAAGUUAGGUGUGUUUUCCAAAGCUGAGGAGUUAGGCCUUUUGAGUCUGUUGGAGAAGACAGUCAGUGUCUCUCCGUCCACUCUGGCUUCCGCAACGCUUCCGAUACUGGUAGUGGCGCUAGCAGCGAUCGUCGUAAUACCGGAUGAUUCGGCGGGGCUGGUGGCGGUGCAAGUUGUAUUGGCAGGUGCGCUUGUUGUUGGCGCUGCUGGGUUGUUUGUUGGGUCUGUUGUGCUUGGUGGGCUGCAAGAAGCUGACUGAGCCUGAGUUUUUGCUUUUCUUGGUUUUUGGGCAUUUUCAUUUUUUUUUUAAUUUUAAAAUAAUGUGGACUGUGUAUGAUUAUAUUAAGGAAUGUAAAUGGCAGGUUAGGAGAUGAUAACUCUUUAUGAUAAUUGAUGAUAUGGAAUUGAUCAAAUGAUAUGUAAAUAAGGAGCAAUGUGUAUGAUAUUUGCAAAAGUUAUUUUA